UUUUUAGAUAAGACGUCAAUGUGUCAUCCCAUCGAAGUCGAAGAGACUCCACAGAGUCGGAUCCAUGGCAAAUGUUGCGACCCAUCUGGAUGCAAAGAUCUCCUCUUAUUGUACCUGGGGCACUGUCAGCAGGGUUUGUAGCACCUAGCAUCACUCUUCCAGUUUUAACAACAUUCAGGCCCUCCCAUACCAUAGGAACAACUGGGCCUGAGGCCAUGUAUUUAACUAAGGCUGGGAAGAAUGGCUUAUCUGACAAGUCAGCAUAGUGCUUCUUCAGAAGGUCUUCAGUGGGCUGUAGAAAGAAAGAUUAUUUGUAUUAGC